CCUCCAUUUUCAGAUACAAAUCUUAGCUUCAUCACUUUCCAUUCAACAAUAUACACUAUGGUGAGUGAUGGUAAUAGUGUUGAAAAGUCAUUUAGAAUAAAACAAGAUGACAAGUUCUUUUCAAGGUUAAUGUCAAAGGAAACUUCCAUGGCUAAUUCUUCUUCAAGAGUCUUCUAUUAUGGUGAAUCUUCGGUUGCUGCUGUUCCGUUUGUAUGGGAAGAACAACCUGGUACUCCAAAACACCCUUUGUCUCAAACAUCAUUGUUGCCACCUCUUACACCACCACCUUCUUAUUAUUCUAAGUCCAAUCACAAUAGAAGAAGAAUAAUAAGAAGAAAUACUAGUUUAUCAAAAUCACAUAACAUGUUCUCAUGUAUUUUCCCAAUAAGGUUUGUGGAAAAGUCUAAGAAGAAGACACAUAUAUUAACAUCAUCAUCAUCAUCUUUGUCAUCACCAUCAUCAUCCCCAUCAUCAUCAUCAUCAUCAUCAUCUUCAUCAUCAUCAUGGUCAUUAGUGUAUCCUUCUACUUCUAAUUCCUCAUGUUCCAUCAAAGAUCAAGGAAGCCUCUCUUUCUCGGAGUACUCAAGAUCUAACAAUGAUGAAGAUGAUGAAUCUUUCUCCAAACAUAAGGGUUCAAAGGGAUUUAUUAGAGGCUGCUAUCUUUUUCGGAGGAGCAUUAAUUGAAGAAUAAUGAUGAUAAUGCAAUUUUAAGUCAUGUGCCAAAUGUAAUGUUAUAUGU